AUGAGUUACACAAAAAAAUGCAAGGGCCCUGCUCAAGCUGUUGUCGUGUCUCAUGUUUUUCUUGUCUUUUCUCUCUCAGGAGGUCCUCCCGAUGUGGGCAAGAUGCUGGGAGGGGAGGAGAAGGAGGAGGACCCCGACGCAGCGAAGAAAGAGGAGGAGCGACAGGAGGCGCUGAGGCAGCAGGAGGAGGAGAGGAAGGCCAAGUACGCCAAGAUGGAGGCUGAGAGGGAAAGCAUGAGGCAAGGCAUCAGGGAUAAGUAUGGCUUGAAAAAGCGCGAGGAGGCCGAGGCCGAGGCAGCCGCCGCUGCGGAGGAGCCAGCAGCCGGCAGCUUGACUCGACCCAAGAAGGCCGUGCCGGCCGGCUGCGGUGACGAGGAGGAGGAGGAAAGCAUCAUGGACACAGUGAUGAAAUACCUGCCAGGCCCGCUGCAAGACAUGCUGAAGAAGUAGGCUAGCUCGCUCGCUAAUGCUAACGUUAUCUAGCUUAGUUCAUAGGCUAUAUUCGUAAGGUUGGCUUAAAUCAGGGUUUUCUUUUCCAUAGACAUGACAGAUAUGAACUUUGCUC